AUGGUCCGCCACAAGAAAGACAACUUCUCCUCGCGCGGCAAACGCAACCCCGCCGCCGGCCGCCCCCCCCGUCCCGCCCGCCAGGACCGCAGCGACGAGGCCACCUCCAGCACCGAUGGCACCUCGCAACCCAGCAACACGCGCACCCGGCCCUCCUUCAAAGCCGCGUGCUGGGACCUCGGCCACUGCGACGCAAAGCGGUGUUCCGGCAAGCGUCUAAUGCGUCUCGGGCUGAUGCGCGAACUACACGUGGGCCAAAAGUUCGCCGGCGUGGUCAUCUCGCCCAAGGGCAAGAAGAUGCUCUCGGCAGCCGACGCCGAGCUGCUCGAGCAGUAUGGCGCCGCCGUUGUCGAGGCGAGCUGGAAGCGCAUCGAGGAAGUGCCCUUUGCCCGCAUCGGCGGCAAGUGCGAGCGCCUGCUGCCCUACCUCGUCGCUGCGAACCCGACCAACUACGGGCGCCCGUGGCGGCUCAACUGCGUGGAGGCGCUGGCGGCUGCCUUUGCCAUUUGUGGGCAUAUGGACUGGGCGGAGGAGAUACUGGCGACGUUUUCGUAUGGGCGGGCGUUUUUGGAUAUUAAUGCUGCGCUGUUGAGGCGGUAUGCGGCGUGUAAGACGGAGGAGGAGGUCAAGAAGGCCGAGGAGGUGUGGCUGGCGAAGAUUGAGAGGGAGUAUGUGGAGGGGAGGGCGGAGAGGGAUAACACGACCGAAGAGGACGCGUGGAAAGGGGGGAAUCUGAAUAGGGUGCCCAUCGACGAUUCUGAUGAAGAGGACGAGGACGAGGACGGAGAGGGAGAGACGGAAGACAAGGACGGCGAAGCCGGUGAGGAGGAUAAUGAAGACGAGACGGAGGACAGAGAUCCAUUCGAUCUGCCGGAGGAGUCCGACGACGAGGAGGAAAUGGCGGAGCUGCGGAGACGUGUUCUAGCCUCUAGACCUUUUGCUAAUCCCAAAGACAACGGGAAGAAAGAGCCCGAGAGGAUACCGCAGACAGAACCACCGCCGGCGCCGGAGGAGGACUCGGAUGCAGAGUCGGGCUCAGAUAUCGGCCAGGAUGACGAGUUCGACAACAUCAUCGACGCGACUCCGGUGACAGACAGGACUGGCAUUACCGCUAAGCAGCGGUUGAAGGAGCAGGACAGUAGCAUGAGCGCAACGUUCUCCAGGACCGUCGUUGGCGCGCCGAAGCGGUGGUAA